AUUGAGAAAUUCGUUAGUUGCUGUCAACAGAUCAAAUUGCUGCUGUUUGCUCUGACCUUCAUCAACCAUGGCCAAAAACAUCCUCAAAACUCCAUCACUUCUUCAGUACAUAUUUGAAACAAGUUCAUAUCCAAAAGAACAUGAACAAUUGAAGCUACUUAGAGAGACAACAAUCCAGAAAUACGGAAAAAUGAGUGUAAUGAAUGUGCCUUUGGAUGAAGCACAAUUCAUAUCUAUGCUUUUGAAAAUCAUGAAUGCAAAGAAAACAUUAGAAAUUGGAGUCUUCACUGGUUAUUCUCUUCUUACUACAGCUCUUGCUCUUCCUCCUAAUGGCAAGAUAAUAGCGAUUGAUAUGGAUAGAGAAGCCUAUGAGACAGGAUUGCCUUUCAUUCAGAAGGCAGAAGUUGACCACAAAAUUGACUUUAUCCAAAGUGAUGCCUUAUCAGCUAUCAAUAGUCUUCUUGAUGGAAAACAUGAAGAAUCAUUUGAUUAUGCAUUUGUGGAUGCUGACAAAGAAAACUUCAUAAAGUAUCAUGAGCUGUUAUUGAAAUUGGUGAAGAAGGGUGGAAUAAUUGCUUAUGACAAUACAUUGUGGUCUGGUUCUGUUGCCAUGUCUGAGGAUGAUGAAAUGGAAGAUAUGAUAAGAAGAAAAAGAAACAUUGCAAUUGAAUUCAACAACUAUAUAGCAAAUGAUACUCGCAUUGAAUCGACAAUCCUUUCUAUCGGGGAUGGAGUAACUCUCUGUCGACUUCUCUAAAUAAUCUCUAUGUAUCAAGGGAAGAAAGAAAAUAACAAUAGCAAUGUCAAAUGUUCUCUUUUGUACUGAACAAUGAUGUUAAAGAUUGUUCAAAUAAACAGAUGCUAAAGUCAGUAUAUGAUAAAAGCAUAAAAAUUAUGAACUGUUUAAUUCAACACAUCUAUGAUUCAUCUAUUAUUAAUUAUGUUUUA